AUGACAAUCGUGACAAAGCGUCGAGAAGAUACCGCGAAUGACAUAAAUCUUGUUGUAUAUAAACGAUUGUUAUCUCUACCGUCGUCGGUACCAGCGUCAAUUUCUUCCUGUGCAAAAGUGCGUGAACUUAUGUUCGUCCUCCUUCUGUUGAUCACGUGUGUGAUCCACGCGAAUGCAUACGAGAAGAAUGGAAUCCGAAACGUCAAGAACUACAUUCUUGACACGGGGUUGCGCAAGGUGCCAGUCGAACGUCAAAUAUUCAACUUCAAAAGAAAUGGCAUCAAGAUCGACGUAAAGGUGGUUCCAUCAGCUAAAGACGAUUCGAUAAAGAUCAAAGAGGAAGACUAUUUCCCGGAGUUUCCCGUAAAAGACAUAGGCAAAUGCAUCUUAGAAUUUUCACUUGGCUGCAUCAAGAAACGUUUUGUCCGUUUCUUGGAGACGGUAGGCCAUCUCGACGAAAUCACUUUGCUCGGGCAAGACAUAAAGCUGGUGAAGAACAAGGUAACACAUAGAUCCGAUGGCCGAGCUAUGAAUGAUACGGACGUCAAUAUCGAGCAAACCAUAGAUAAUUUCUUCGAUUCGUUCACUCUGCGUAUCACGCUGCCCAGAUGGGACAGUAAGCGAAUGAAGAAUCAGAUCGACGUAAUGAUGGAAGAUACAGCGGUAGCGGAAGGACGAGGAAAGAAAGGAGGCGGAGGCGGAGGUAAAGGCGGCGGUAAAUGCAAGAUGAUGAUGAUGGGCAUGGUAAUGAUGGUGAAGAUGAAGCUGAUGGGAUUGGCGGCGAUGAAAGGUAUGAUGAUGGGAGGCAUGUCUCUAAUGCUUACCAUGAUGAUGCUGUCUGGAAAGUUUGGAAAGGGCGGAGGCGGCGGUGGCGGCCCUUGGCAAGGCGGAGGAGGAGGUGGAGGAGGAGGAGGACAACUCAAAGAGAUCGUACUUCUUACAAAAUCUUCGGGCGGUGGAGGUGGAUGUAGCGGUGGCGGUUGUGGCGGUAGUCCGCCUAGCGAUAGUUAUGGUGCACCUCCACCAAGUAGUUAUGGUGCCCCUUCAGGAGGAGGCGGCGGCUACAGCGGCGGCGGAGGCGGCGGUGGAUGGGGUCGCAGCUUCAACAAACGACCGAUGAUGCUGUCCAACGACAAUAUAAUCAAGACGGAGACCGCGGACGAAUCUAAUCACACUCCAAUGAUAGGGGAAGCCGUCUCGAAUAUGGAGAGUGUUGAUUAUCCGGAUUAUGAGGACUAUCAAGAACCAUCGCCAAUUGCGAAUCCGAACUCCGUGACUUCUAAUUGGAACGCGACAAAUUAUAUCGCCUUCCAUGAAUACAAAGGCGCCGAUGUAAGUUUGAUGAAAAACAAUUCGAAAGUAGAAUCAACGGUAAGCGCAAAGGGUAGGACUCUCUUCAAUCAAAGUCCAUCUACUACUGUUGUCAAUGCGAUUGAGAAAAAUGUCAAUUCAUUGACAAGUAUGAGUCAACCUGAUAUUAUUCACGAGACUAAUGCGGCAUAUAUGGAUGAAUGGCAGGCUACAGCGGAGAAAACAAGUUCGAACGAUGCUUCGUCAUCAAAUUCGAAUGCAAGAAUUGAAUUGCACGAAAUCGAUCCGCGCUCUAGAGAGGUGCCUUUAUUACGUGGAAUUUAA